UUCGUCAUUUCCGGUUUGAUACUAGGACGGAUAGGACACGUGUUGAAGACGAAGGCAUUUUUUUCUUCGAUACCGGAUUUAUAAAAUAUAAAGCGUAUCGAAAGUUUCUUGAGAUUGUACAUUUCUUUUUAUAGAUAUCGUAGAUUAUUAUUAAUAUGGAGAACGGUAAACAAGAAACGAGUAUUUCUCAUUUGAACGGUGACGCCGUUGAUGAGGUUAAAAAUGUGGACGCUCAAGACACAAAUAACACGAGAGAACAGACCGCGGAAAUUUCGCAGAUUAAGACCGAUGAGGUUACUAAAACCGUUGAGCCUGCAGGCAACAUAAGCGAGGAAGCUGAAGGAGAAUCAUCUACGGAACUCCUAGAAAAGAUCAAGACUCAAGUAGAGUAUUAUUUUGGUAAUGUAAAUAUGCAAAGGGAUAAAUUUCUCAUUGAGCAAACAAAACUAGAUGAAGGCUGGAUUCCGAUGACUGUUAUGUUAAACUUUAAGCAGUUAGCUAGUCUUAGCAAAAGUGUCGAUAUAAUUCUGAAGGCUUUAGAAAACAGCACUCUCAUAGAAAUAUCUGAAGAUAGAAAAAAGAUACGUCGAUCGCCAAAUUGUCCUUUACCAGAAUAUAAUGAGGAAUAUAGAAAGGCUCAAGAAGCUAGAACAGUUUAUGUUAAAGGAUUUCCAGUAACCGACACAAAUAUUGAUAAGCUAAAAGUAUUUUUUGAACCACACAAGCCAUUUGAAACAAUUAUUAUGAGGAAAUAUCAAGAUAAUAAAGAUAAACUUUAUAAGUUCAAAGGAUCUGUUUUUGUACAAUUUGAAACUUUGGAUGCUGCAAAAGCUUUCAUGAGUAUAGAGUCUAUAAAAUAUGAAAAUACUGAAUUACUAAGAAAAUGGGUUACAGAUUACAAUAUAGGAAAAGCUCAAGAGAAAGAGGAACGUAGAAAAAAGAAAACUGAUUCUAAAUCAAAAAAAUCAGCUUAUGGAGAAGAAAAGGAAGAGGAGGAUACAACGGAGGAUCAAGCAUCAACAGAAACAGAUACUACUAAUACAGAUAUUACAUUGCCAAAAGGUUCAAUUAUUCACUUUUCUGGUGCUUCUAAGAUAUGUACAAGAGAAGACAUAAAAGAAUGCUUGGACAAAUAUGAUGCUGAUAUUGCAUACAUUGAUUUUCGAAGAGGGAAUACAGAAGGAUGGAUACGUCUGCAAGGAGAAAAUGCUGCUAAAUCUUUGUUGGAAAAAAUAAACGAAGGCAAGGUAACAAUCCGCGAUGUAGAAGUUACAUUGAGAGUUCUUGAAGGUGAGGAGGAGGACAAAUACCUAACAAAAACGAUGGAAGAUAUGUUAGCUUCGAAAAAGAAAUAUAGCAGAGGGAAACGAGGGAAAAAAGGACGUAAUGUGCGAGGAGGAGGAGGAAGGAAAAGAAAUCAGAGUCCUUCUGCUAACGUUCCAGCUAAAAAGAGUAAGGUAGACUCUUAAGAUGUACAAUGUAUAUUACACUAUUUUCAAUAUAUGGACAAGUUGUAUAGGAAAAGAAUACUGAAUUUUGUUUAAUGUAAGUUAUUACAUUAUUGGAAAUUCAUCUGUGUUAAAUGUACGUAAAUUCGCUUUUUGUUAUCACAUUUCCUUCGUUGAUGUUCCUUCGUUGAUAUUAUACAUAUAAAAUAUCUUGAAAAUAUAAUUUUGUCUAUAUUUGUCAUAUAAUAUUCGUUUAGUUAACUUUUCAUGUUAAUUGAAAGUCCAACUAAUGAUAUGAUUAAUAAAUCAAAAUCACGUAUAUCUUUAUAAAUUGGCAUUUAUUGUUGUACAGUGAAAUUUACAAAUUGAUUUUCUAGACUAUAACACGCAUUUAAAUUUCACUGCCGUCUUUUACGUGCGCUGAUACUACCUUCACGCAAGUAUCACAUGUUCAAAUAUCAGAUCAUUCGCGAAUAAUUACUUUGAAAAAUUACACGUAAUAACGUACACACGUAUUUAAAAUUAUUGUAAUCGACAAUAUGAUUUUUACGACGCGACACUGAGUCUGUGUGCAUAUGUUACGCUACAUGGUACU